AUGCCCGCGGAUCGUUUUCGAGACAAGUUAUUUCCAAUAGGCAUUGUUCCUGCAAAAGUCUUGAAAUACGGCCACUGGGUGCCAGAGGAAGAUGAACAACUCCAUGAACUGGUCGAACUGUUUGGUCCAAAAAAUUGGGAGAAAUUGGCCGUUUACCAUUCAACUCGAAACGGCAAACAAAUGAGAGAACGAUGGCUAUCUUAUGCAAAGAACGGAGCGGUUAACAAAGGACCCUUUACGGCCAAAGAAACCGCCAUUAUCUGCUAUCUGCAUUUGGUGAAGAGAGUUGGAUGGGCACAUAUUGCAAAAGCACUCAACACUGGACGUCCGCCAAACACAUGCAAGAAUCAUUAUCACAACUAUAUUAGCAAACGUGCUCGGGAUCCAUCAUUUGUUGAGAGAUGUGCACAAAUAUAUGACAGAGAGGUCGUAUGGCCGUCAUUGUCAAGAGCGGAAAAAUCGAUCAAAAAACUUGGCGAAUUUGAUAGAAUGUCGACCGGGAGGCCAAAGUUUCAGUCGAGGACGUCUUAUGACAUUAAAGGAAAGAAGACUGACAGAAUGGAGACUGCCUUGAGGGAGAAAGAGAAGGGAAACGAAUUCUUCAUGAAAGGAAACUAUGCAAAGGCAAUUGAAUAUUACACGAAAGCUAUGGAACUUGACCCAAAAGAGCAUACGUUUCCUAUAAACCGUGCAAUGGCUCAUCUCAAGCUCAAAAAAUAUGCCGAAGUAGAACGUGAUUGUACAAUCGGAUUGAAAUUGCAUCCUAACAAUGCGAAAGCGUUUUGGCGACGGGGCGUAGCAAGGAGAGAACAAGGGAAACUUGGUGAAGCCAAGCAAGAUCUUCAGCACGCCCUCGAUCUAGAACCAAACGAGAAUUCAAUAAAAGAAGAGUUGGCCAAAGUCAUUGACGCUUUGAAACAGACUCAGCAACCAUCAGCGGUUCCGCUCGUUGAAUCAGAUCUAAAAUCAAAAGCUGCGCCAGUUCCUCGGAGAAAACGAUUAGACAUUGAAGAAGUUGAGACUGACGACUUUGGUGAUGACCCUCUUGUUGAUGGCAAAGCAAAUGAUGAUACCAAGGGGGUUGUAGAAGCAUUAGUGGAAAAGAAAGACGCCAAAGUCACAGACUCAAAGGCGUCCAAAAGCGACGACGUUGAUCAGAUGCACAAAGUAACUCUUACCGAGACGAAAGUAGACAUGGCAAAAAAGCCGCAACGACGAAAUGACUUUCGCAUUCCGAAAACAAUACUCGAGUUUCAACAUGAUUGGUCACAAUAUUCUCAAUCUGAUGAUGAUUUGUACAAGUACAUAAAGGCCAUUCCACCACAAAAACUUUCUAAAAUUCUUGGUGUAUUCCUCGAGACCGAAUACCUUGCUAGUAUAGCACGCAUACUAAGGGAUAAAUAUGAUGAUGCAAAGGAUAUAUAUGAUGUUCUGUAUUGGCUGAGUAAAACCGAUAGGCUUUCGAUCGCAGCAUCGCUGCUAAAGCCCGACGACAGCAAAGUAUUGAAGGAUGUUUUUGAACGAUUAAUUGCAAAAGCAAAUGAUAUUGGAAUGCAACGAGAUGAUAUUAUGCAAUUAUCAAAAUCUUUUAAAAUCUCUAUUGGAUGA